GCUGGAUCCACGUUGGGGGCGGAGUCUCCGACUCAUUUCAUUCUUUGAAUCGUAUAAAUUCCAAGAAACAGAAUGCCAUGCCAUCUCAACACCUAAGACAACAAAUAACCACCCCAUGAUUAAUCAAACCAACAAAAAGAAUGACAAUGCACACUGCACUUCCGUACGACUGCUGGAAAGCAAUCGCAGAGCAUCUCCCUCAAGAUGAUCUCCUGUCUCUGUCACUCGUCUCAAAAGACAUUCGCUCAACAGUUGAGCCUCUCCUAUACCGCACAAUCUCCUGGCCAUGGGACGAGCCAGUUCCCACGAGGCGCAUUCUCCGCCUUUUACGGACCAUCAUACACCGUCCAGAACUAGCAUUUCACGUCUAUCAUCUCAGCCUCGUUUCGACCCAGGAAGUCUUCUCCAGCGAGCCAUGGACGCCUCCAGAAUCAGACAUUGACUGGGACUUGGAGCAAGCUGAGUAUCGCGAUGUGGUUUGCCAGGCGCAAGGCCUCGUCGAUGAUGCGCUAUUUCCGGACGCGGGGAAUUGGAAGCAGGCUCUCCAAGAAGGGGACCCUCACGCCUUUGCUUCUAUUCUCCUUUCGCGCCUGCAUAAUCUUCGUACUCUUAGACUGGACUAUAUGUUUGUUUGGAUGUCCGGCUUCCCUGGCCUGAUGCUGCAACACGCCUUACUCCCCACCAAUUCAGCAAGCAGCAGCAGCAGCAGCAGCCGCCUCCCAACCUUCCAAUUUCUCGAAACUGUGGACUACGGGAGCAACGCGCGCAUUGCAGAGCGGAUCGAAGAGGAAUUAGAUCUUGACACAGUCGAAGGUUACCCGGACUGUGAGCCCGAGCAGUUCAAAGCAUGGUUCUAUCUCCCCUCGCUCAAGGCGUUGGCAAUCUGGCUGCGCGACGCGCGAGAUAUCGACCACAGGUCCAAUCUCCACCAAUUGCACACGCUCAUUCUUGCAAGAGCCACUAUCGGCGAACAAGACGUCCCCCGUCUCCUAUCUCAGACGACCCCCGCCCUUCACACCCUCCACCUCGGACUCGCCUACCGCUGGGGUCAAGAAAUCGCCCUAGCGAACGGGACAGAGCUUCUACGCGGGCUAGAUUCCAUGGCCCCAUCGAUAACGAACCUCUCCCUCGGACUAGAAUAUUAUCCGCCCACCUUCGGCGAGUACUACCUCGACAGCGAGCAAGAGGAAACUCUCCGCGCACCCUUCGAGGGAUUCCUAUCGCAAUUGAAUUCCGCGCGCAAGAUCGAAGUCCCCGUUACUUUACUCGUGGGGUGGGAUUCGACGCGAUCGUUGGAUGAUCUGAGCGCGAUACUGCCCGAGUCUGUGGAGGAGAUCUGCCUUAGGCUUGAUUGUGGGGGCGUCGGGAGCAUGGAUUGGACGGUGGUGUCGCUUCUGGAGUGGGUUGAGCGGCAUUUGGAGGGUUUGAUUGCAAGAUGUCCGAAUGUGAGGGGCGUUGUGUUGCGGGCGUGGGCGCCGUUGAAGGUGGACUGGUCGGAGGAGAAGAGGGUGGAGGUGAGCGAGAUGUGUGGACGGACUAGAUGGGUGGCUUGGUUGUGA